AGCUGAUGCCCAAGUGCCAUGAUCGCGGUCAUGAUAUAUCACGUGAUACUGAAUGAUCUUGUUGUUUCUGCCCUUAUGUCAAACGAAGUCAGAUUGCCUGUGAGAAUUAUAAUGCAAAUGCCCGAUGAAGACUAUGCUAUACGGUAACAGCGAGAGCUGUCUGAUCUUCACAGAGCCUACGGAAAAUGCUUGCUUUCCAUUCGAGAUCGAGACUAGUCUUUGACAUAAAAACACUCCGACACCAUGUUCAUCGUCCUAGGCAGUUGAAUGUCAGUCUCCGGAGAAAAUAUGCCACUGCCAUUGCCGCGGAGACAAUCUUGCGCACUGCCCUUUUUUUCCCUGGUCAUGGGGUACAACGCGUGGGAAUGGCCAGUUCCUGGGUCAAUAAGUUCCCAAAGACAUCCGGAAAAUUUUUAGAUGAGAUGGACUCUAUACUUGGGUUCAAACUGUCCCAAAUCCUUUCCGAAGGCCCAAAUGCUGAGCUCAAUAAAACCGAAAAUUCCCAGCCGGCUAUAAUGGCAACGUCGAUACUAAUACUUCGAAUACUGGAAGAAGAGUUCGGCUUCGAGACAAAAUCUCGAAUAAAUGUUACCCUCGGCCAUAGUUUGGGCGAGUUCUCCGCACUGGCUGCUGGAAGUUACCUUGAUUUUGGCGAUGCGCUGAAAUUAGUGAGACGUCGGGCGGAAAUAAUGUCUCAAUGCACUCGAGAUGCCACUGAGAGCUCAGGAGAGGACUACGGCAUGAUAGCACUUAUCUGUGAACCCGAUCGUCUGAGUGAACUGAUUGCUACUAUCCACGAAUUCAUUGGACGCGGCCCAUCGAAUCUGAACGACGAUUCGAACUACGGGUUUCAGGCAUUUCAACAAGUGAUGGUUGCAAAUGUCAAUUCUAGGGACCAGAUCGUACUCAGCGGCAGCCUUCCAAGAAUAAAGGCUUUGCUUAUCCAGCUCCGCCAGUUUGGAGGGCAUGAUCCACGUGCGGUGAAAUUAAGAUGUGAAAGCCCGUUUCACAGCUCCAUAAUGCUACCCGCUGCCAACUACAUGAAACAGGCCCUUGAACAUAUGAAUAUUAAUUUUCCAGCACAAAUUCCAUGUAUUUCCAAUGUGUCGGGCUUGCCAUUCAAUUCCAAGGAGGAACUCAAGGUCUUGUUAUCGCAGCAAUGUGUCGAAACGGUGAAAUGGUGGGAUAGCAUUCGAUACUUAGGCCAAGUGCAAGGAGUAAGACGAUGGAUUGGCAUAGGACCCGGAAAAGUCGGUAGAAACCUGGUUGGAAAAGAGGUGGGUAACGUGACGGCUAAUGGCGGUGGUGUAUGGUCUAUCUGUGAUCCCCUGGAGGUCGAGAAUAUCCUCAUUGCCUUUGAAAAGACUAAGAGCGAUGCCCUGCAUGAUUGAUAUGGUUAUUGGGCUUGGAUUGUUUACAGUUCC